AUGCACUACAAGCCAAGAGAAAUUUACGUGCUGACCUGCCUUCACAUAGGCCAUAUACACAUCACCCACCAUUAUUUACUAGAGGGCACAGAAUCCCAAUAUGCACUACAAGCCAAGAGAAAUUUACGUGCUGACCCGAUUCACAUAGGCCAUACCUACAUCACCCACCAUUAUUUACUAGAGAGCACAGAACCCCAAUAUGCACUACAAGCCAAGAGAAAUUUACGUGCUGACCCGCCUUCACAUAGGCCAUACCUACAUCACCCACCAUUAUUUACUAGAGGGCACAGAAUCCCCAAUAUGCACUACAAGCCAAGAGAAAUUUACGUGCUGACCCGCCUUCACAUAGGCCAUACCUACAUCACCCACCAUUAUUUACUAGAGAGCACAGAAUCCCCAAUAUGCACUACAAGCCAAGAGAAAUUUACGAUUUUUAUUGCUGGUAAUAUUUUUUAUCUAUCUAUCUAUCUAUCUAUCUAUCUAUCUAUCUAUCUAUCUAUCUAUCUAUCUAUCUCAAUUUUUAUUUCUGGUAAUAUUCUUCAUCUGUCUAUCUAUCUAUCUUGCUCACUUCAUACCUGUCUAUCUUGGGUUUCAUAUAUAUCUAUCUAUCUAUCUAUCUAUCUAUCUAUCUAUCUAUCUAUCUAUCUAUCUAUCUAUCUAUCUCAAUAUAAUGCAUAUAUAAAUAAAGGCGAAAAUUUCUUUUCAUUUCUCUCUCUCUCUCUCUCUCUCUAUCUAUCUAUCUAUCUAUCUAUCUAUCUAUCUAUUUCUCAAAUGGCCUAG